AUGGAUCAAUCCCUCAACCCCAGCAUCCUUCGAAAUUUUGAGCUCCCGGCACUAAUGACUCUUCGACUGGGGCCCCUGAUUGUCGCCGAGGAGCAUUGGGAGGAGCGUGUGCACUUGUUUCCCCUUUUCUCAACCAUCCAAAAGCUUUCCUUCCUGGCUAGCUGGGAAAGGAAGAAAACCCUCAAGUGUGCGCGCAUCGUUGAGCUUUUGCGGUAUGCGGAGAACUUGGAAGGGUUGGAAUUGUGUCCAGGGAUAUGGUACCCUGAUAUUUUGGAGGCGCUAACACUUACUACACCGGAACCGACACCAACCACCAGUCUACCGUCGGAAUCAGCGCCAAUACCAGCGCCAACCCCAACCACACCAGCAACACUACCACCCCUCCUCCCGAAACUCCGCUUCUUCUCCGUAGACCUAGGUUUGAAGCCCCAAGGCGUCGAGGCAUUCUGGGAGUCGAUAGAAAAAAACAGUGAUCGUUACCCAAGGCGGUUUUCGCCUCAGGCCUUGGGGAAGAUGGUUCAGUCACGGUGGGCGCCUUUUGGAGGAGGGAGCCGCGCUGAGAAGGACGGUGCGAGCGUUCGCCUCGAGAAAUUGCUCGUAUACCUCACGAAAGAGGAUAAACAUAUCAACAAUAUUAUUCAGGAACUCCUCGCAGAGUGCGUGGAUGAUGGAUUGAUCUUCGAGGAGCGCCGCGUUGAAAACUGGAAGCAUUGGAGUACUCGAUUGAACUCGGAUGACUCGGUGGUUCAUUGGACAGGGGGUUUAUCGAUGUUGGUUCGUAAGAAUGGAUACCCCUAG